UCCAGGCUCUGCUGAGGAUACAUGAUAGGCCCCCACUCAGUGCAGUGGAAGAAAAGGGGUCCUCCCUGCUCUCAGCCCUGCCCAUGUCCCGUCCUGUGCCUGCCCCUGUCCCUUCCCUUAUUUUUCGCCCACCCUGAGCCCGGCCCUGCGAGUCCAUUGGCUGCCCCUCUGUCUGCAGAACCCCCCUCCAUGCGCCUGAAGGCCCGGCCGAGCAGUCCCGGGUUCUCACUCCUGACCUGCAGCGCCUUCUCCUUCUACCCGCCCGAGCUGCAGCUGCGUUUCCUCCACGACGGGCUGGCAGCCGGCUCCGGGGAGGGCGACCAGGGCCCCAACGGGGACGGCUCCUUCCACGCCUGGUCGUCGCUGCAAGUCCCCAGUGGCGAGGAGCAUCACUACAGCUGCAUGGUGCAGCACGCAGGGUUCGCGCAGCCCCUCAAGGUGGAACUGGAGUCGACAGCCAGGUCUGCGGUGCCCGUGGUCGGGCUCAUCAUCGGCCUCCUGUUGCUCUUGGUAGCUGCCACGGGAGGAGCUCUGCUGUGGAGGAGGAUGAGGACGGGACUGUCAGUCCCUUGGAUCUCUCUCCGUGGUGAUGAUACGGGGUCCCUGCUCCCCACACCUGGCCUGCCUCCGGAGACUGACUCUCAGGAUACAAAUGGGUUUCCAGAUACAGCCUGACUGUGCCACCCUGGCUGCCACCAUCUCAUGUCUACGGGACCCUUUUAUGCUGUGAGACCUCGGGAUGGAAGCCUGGCAUCUCUGAGCCUUCAGAAGGAGUCGGGCCCAAAUGGACUCCCUCUGGACUCCUCUGCCUGUGGCCUGCCUCGGUUUCCCCUCCUGGUAUAUAUAGCUCUUUUCCACUUCCACAUAUAAGAAUAAUUUUGGGUCCUAAAUGAUCGAUCGUGUCCUCAUUUCAAAUUUUCCCGAGGGCGGAACGGGAGGAGUCAGUGGCAGGCCUCGCCUUCAAAUCUCGCCCGACGCCAUGUAUGUGGUUACCUGGGACCCUGACAAUGGACAUGUCGAUACCAGGUCACAACACUGAUUCGUUAUUUCCACAAACUGAGUGCCUACAUUGUGCUAGGCAUCGUGAGGAGUUCUUGGGAUUCGUUUGAGAAGUUCUUGCAGCUGGAGAACUGUUCCCUCUUGGAAGAAAGCGUUGGCCGCCUUUGGUUCCCCCGUCGGUCUUAGCCCAGCAUGAGCAAAAAUAAAAAUACAUUUCCCAUGA